AAGAGAAUGUUUACCCUGAAUGCGUGGCGCUGCGCGCGGCGGCGGGAGGAAAGCAGUGAUAGGCGCGGAGAAUCGGCGUUUAACCGGCUUUUGUAACGAAACGCUAUACGCGCGAAGCAUUGCAUUUGGUGUAAGGCUGCUCGGAACGGUAUAAACGUGUGCAUUUGAAUCCUACCGUUUGAUUGUAGGCUGUGUUGGCGCUUGGUGUAAAUACUUCGAUUUCAAGUUUUGCCGAAUUUGUAGAAAAAAGUGAAAAUGGAAGGAAUUUUAUGACAAAUAUUUUAUAACUAGGUAAUCAAUGUAUAUUGAAAUGGUGCAGGAAGUAACUCAGGCUGCUAGAUUGUUAAAUUAAAUAGGUGUGCAGGAAUUGUUUAUGAUGGAAGAAACUUUAAUGAUGUGUUCACUUCAAUCUCAAGAUUCUGGCCUUUUGCAAGGACCAGAGAAUUGCCAGGAAAAUCUGGGUAAUGAAAAUUCAAAUCGUGUAGUUAAUGAAAGUGAAAAUACCAGCAAAAUAUUUGUAGAAACCAAACAAGAAUAUGAAGAAAAUACAAUGUGUGUUGGAGGAAAUGGAAAUGAAAUGCAACAAUAUGAUCCUUCCUCACUUAUGCAAAAUAAUAUUCCAAUUGACUAUUCUUUCCGUGUAUUUAAAAAAAGCAUUGUUGAAAUGGAAUGUGAGAAACAUUUAUCAGAAUCGGGUGAAGGAACUAGUAAAUUAUCACACUGUGUACUUGGACAGGAAAAUACAUUGACCACCUCUAAUUUGAGCAUGACUGAAACACACUGUACUAUUAAUGAUAUAAAAACAGAGGUUAAAGAUCAACAGAGACAUGAAGUAUGUUCACAUUUUGAUAAUGUUUGCAAGGCUCAUGUAGAUAAUAUUGAAGAUUUGAAAGAAGUGUCAACUGUAGCAAUUGAAGAAACACUAAGUAACAGUGAAAAAGUAAUGCAAAAUAUUGAUACUCCUAGUAAUGGAAAUGAAUACCAACCAAAAUGUGAAGGUAAAGCAGAUGGAAUGGAAAACUCGAGUGGGUAUCUUUCACAGUGCGUAUCUGUAGUUGAUGGGGGUGUAGAAGAAACUGCAGAUGGUAGUGAAAAUGAUAGAAAUUGUAGCAAUCGUCAUGCACCUACAUCUGAAGAUGACAAAGAACUGAAGAAUGUCAAGAAAAGUAAUCUUUCAAAAAUACAGGAAGCAGAAAGAUCCCAAAACCAUAUUCAAUAUUUGCUGGAACAUCUCCCAGAAUUGGCAAAAUACUUCAACCUUCACAAGAAAAUAGGUGUUGGUACAUUCAGUUCUGUAUUUUUGGGCAGUCUGAAAGAGGACAUUAUUCAUAGAUUCCCUGAUUUGAAGGAUCGAAGAUUUGCCAUCAAACAUUUAGUUCCUACUCUCCUCCCAAAACGUAUUGCAAGAGAAUUGAAAUAUCUGCAUCAAAUAGGAGGAAAAGAUAAUGUCAUUGGUGUGGAUUUAAGUAUUCGAAACGGUGACUGCGUUGUUUUCAUUAUGCCUUAUCUUUCUCACAAAAGAUUUAGCGAUUAUGUUCUGGAUAUGGAUGUUGAUGAAACCCGCGAAUAUAUGCGUAACUUAAUGAUAGCCUUAAGAAGAGUUCAUUCAUUUAAUGUAAUACAUCGAGAUGUUAAGCCUAGUAACUUUUUAUAUAACAGAGAAAAUAGAAGAUACUUACUUGUAGAUUUUGGAUUAUCACAGAAUGUGCAUCCUCAAGCUAAAUGGUCUGCAGAUGAAAGAGUUAAAAAGAGAAAGAGGCAAGAAGAGAAUAAUUGCAUUGAGAAUACAAGGAAACACUGUCAGACCUCAGGGAAACCUUCAAGCACUGAACUCAAAUCCAGAAGGAUGGUUUUGCAACCGCGAAGUAGGGAGGAAAAUACAGUUCAGGGAUGUAAUAGCAUUUCUCAACCAGUCAAGCGCCUUAAAUUAAAUGAUCCUUAUGCAAGAGGGCAGAAAAUGAUUGAUAAGUUACAACAGCAAAAGGCUUCAACAUUUGAAAAUAAACGGGCACCCCUGACAUCCAAACUUCAGAAUCAGCAGACCACAUCUCUGGCACAAAGUUUUAAAUUGCCAUAUAGUUCACCAAAGGUUGAGAAAGACCUUAGUAUUAGAAAGAAGUUAUUCCCUAUGAACAAUGAAAAUGAGUUGCCCAAAAUUAGUGGGUCGGGUCCAGAAGCAAAAUUACAGAUCCAAUCCAACGUGUCUUCUCCGUUACCAUUGCGGAGAGCACCACACCAGAAUGUAGCCGGUUCAAGCCCAUCUAUUGUGACAUGUUCCAACGCAGAUCAAGAAACUUCCGUUGGAACAACCCAAGAAAGUGAAUGUUCAAGACACAAGUUUCAGACUCUUGUGCCCAAACCUUCCAAAGAUGGAAGUAAUAGUGGUUCUACUAUCGUUCGUGUUCAAAAUUCACAAGUGAAGUCACAAACACUCAAACCAUUAAGUCCCCUUGAGUCUGAGCAACAAAGAAAGUUGUUGCUUAACAGACAAAAUACAAGGAAUAAAAGACAUUCACAGUUACUGAAAGAAUUGAAAUGUUUUUGCAAGGGUAUGCCACAAGUAUGCAAUACAUGUUUAAAACAACGAGCAAUACCUGCACCUAGAGCUGGAACUCCAGGAUUUCGACCACCAGAAGUUUUGCUCAAGUAUCCCAUGCAAACCACAGCUGUUGAUAUGUGGGCUGCUGGAGUAAUAAUGUUGUGUAUUCUUAGUGGAUGCUAUCCUUUCUUUCGUUCGCCAGAUGAUAUUACUGGGUUAGCUGAGAUAAUGACAGUCUUUGGCUCAAAUCGUAUUAAAGAAGUUGCCAAAAGCCUUGGUCGAACCGUUCAGUGCAGCCAUGAUAAACCACCAUUGGAUUUGCGCAAACUUUGUGAGCGAUUGCGAAGACGCAGAAAAGAGAGAUCAAGUGGACUGCCAGAUACUACUAAUACACUGCCAAUUUGCCCCAAAUGUGAAAAUAGUAUAGAAGUGGAAUACGAUGGUUGUCUUUGCUUACAGCCUGAUGCUGCUCUUUCUCGUGCUGGUCAGUUUCCUCUUGCUGCCUAUGAUCUUUUGCAGAAGUUAUUGGAUCUGAAUCCUGUUACUCGCAUUUCUGCAGAGGAAGCUUUGCAGCACCCUUUUCUUGAAGGUGAAUGUUAAAGCUGCUGUUGAGCCUAAUUAUCUGCAAUAUUUGUUGAAAAUUUUAAUGAGCUUCACAAAUUACGAUUUUUUUUAAUUUUUUUUUUUUUUUUUUAAAUAAUUAAUUGGCUUUAUUUACCACAUUUUAAAAAUUGUGGACAAUAUUGUGAACUGAUCAGAAAAUGUUUAUAGACUACCUAAUAUUGGUGUAGCACCAUUCAAUAUUUUGUUGCGUUCAUUAUUAUUUGUAAGACUCCAUAAGUAAAGUGUUUAAUAUGCAAAUUCAUAUAGCAAGACUUGAAUAUAUUUUAUGUGUUAAAAGAAAGUGCCAUAAAGAGAAUUAUAUUAAUGUUCCUUUUUUAACAUUUUAAAAAAUUGUGAUGCUUAUUCUCCAAGAGAGGUCUGACAAUAAAAAGGAGAAAAUAAUAUUUUAUAACAAUUUUAACCAUUAUAAAAGUUACGACAAACGUGCAAUCUCUUAUUGCUCAAAAUAUGUUUCCUGUGGCAAGAAUACAGAUGCCAUUCUUCAUAAUUCAUGAGAGAAUACUGUAGUGCUACAUUUAUUUGGGGUGGUGAUGGGGACAUAUUUAUUAUAAAAGUGCUUUUAAAUGAAAAGUUAUAAUUUUACUAUGCCAUAAUUUGAAGUGUUCACUUUUAUUAAGACUUAGUUUGUACCAUAAUGUGUUCAAGGAUAUUUUGUAUACAUGAGAAAUGUGGUUUUAAGAUUCCUUCCAUAUAAGCAGCCUCAAUGUUCUUGUAUAUAAGGUACAUGUUAGAAAAGAUAUCUGUAGAAUUGAUUAUUUUUCGCCACUGCCAAUGUACUUAAUUAGUACAUUCUAUGUUGACGUUGACUUAAUGGAAUAAUAAUGCUGUAUUGGGUUAUUACAGCUAACAAAAGUUGGGGAACAAAAUAUGGGGAAAAUAUGUGAUUUAAUAUGUAGUAUUAUUUGCUCAGGUGGGAAUGUUAAACUUAGGGAGAUGAAUAUUUUUGUGAUAAUAAUUUACAAUUGAAAAUGAUAAGAGUUCAUGAAAUGUGUGGUUUUAAUGAGUUCCUUUUCUCAGUGUAUUUCAUUUGAAUUUUAAUCCCCUUGCAUUUCAUUAGCAUUUUAUGAUCAUUUAAUUAUGUACCUAUCUAAUUUGUAUAAUCAUUCCAUUUGCCUGUGGUUGUGAUGCACAUAUUAGCAUAUUGAUACAAAACCUAACACCAUCUGAUUGUGCAGAUAGAGGUGUUUUUCUCUCUCAAAGCUCAUGAUGUGCAUGAAAUGUUCAAUGAUCAAUUCAUUUUGUGACUAUUAUAUAUUUAAUGUUUUAUUAUGGGAUUUUUUUUUUAAAAAUUUGAAUUGUUUAUGAAAAAUAAAUGACUGUUGAAUGUA